AUGUCGGUCACAAAUGGAUGGGACACGCAUACGACGCAAGUUGAUCUGAAUCUAAUCCCCAUCAUUGCGAUCCUCUACCUCUGUAGCUUUGUCGCGGGGAUGGCGAACGAUCUGGAAUUAACAGGUCUUCGAUAUCAGCUGGCGGCGGCUGUUAAUGUCAUUAUGAAACUGAUGCAGCCGUCAAAUUGGAUAUCCGGAAUUAUGCUUGCUUGGGGGAUUGUCAGUAAUGCCCGAGUGUUCUUGGGCCUCGCCGAAGCAGGACUACCUCCUGGCGUAGCAUUUCUCAUCACCAUUUGGUAUCGUCGUGAGGACCAGGCGCGUCCGUUAUCGCUUUAUUUUUCGACCGCGACCCUGUCUGGUGCCUUUGGUGGCUUACUCGCGUUUGCAAUUGAGAAAAUGGACGGGCUUGGUAACCUCCGAGGGUGGGCCUGGAUCUUUUUGUUGGAAGGAUUAGUAACUAUCGUUGCUUCUCUAUUGGCAUUCUGGAAACUGCCUGAUUAUCCCAGCACUGCCAAAUUUCUCACUCCAAAGGUACUUCGCCGUGAUAAUGAGGGAGAGCCAUCCCAUUUCGAGAUGCGAUUCGUAUGGGAAACCGUACGAGAUUAUAAGUCAUGGUUGCAAACUAUCAUUUAUAUUGGUAUGGUCAUGCCAUUAUACUCUAUAUCGAUAUUUCUUCCCACUAUCAUCAAUGCUCUGGGAUACACCGCUUCUCAGGCUCAACUGUACGUGUUUCCCUCUUCCAUCGUUAUGUUUCUCAGUACCGACGCUUUCUAUCCCUCCGGACAAACCUACCGGGGUGUCGUAUAUGCGGGUUGUAUUUUGAUUACAUGCGGGGUAUUUCCGACGGUUCCUCUGAUGCUAAUCUGGGGCUCAGGGAACUCGGGCAGCUCGCUGAAGAAAGGUGUGAUUAUCGGGCUCCAGAGUGGUGAUUGUUCUUCGUUCAUCUACAGAACACAGGACACUCCAAGAUUUCACAUGGGUCACGGCAUUGUGCUCGGGUUCUUGUGUAUGGCAUUCGUCACAUCGGCGUUCACAAUCUGUCUCUACUACAGACUCAACCAAGCUAAGGAGGUGCUCUGUGCCAAAGAAGGCAUUCAAGGGGAUCGAAAGGCGGAAUUCGCCAAUCUAGGAGUCGACUCUCCUUUGUUCAGGUGA